GUGCCCACAAUCAAUAGACACCGGGUCAGUAAAAUAAUCCAGACAGAUGGAACAAGAAACUUCUUUUUGCAAACACUCCACAGGAUCAGGGGCUGCCAUGGCUGACUGCAAGGGGGAAAUGAAAAGGAUCUGUUGCCUGCAGACUGCCCUGCAGAAGGUCUCUGGGAUGAAGCUUCUUGUCCCAUCUGCCUGCAGUAUUUCCAAGAGCCGGUACCGGUCUAUCCACUGCGGGCACAACUUCUUCCAGGCCUGCAUCAGCCAGUGCUGAGGGGAAAUAAGUACAAACUUUUCCUUCCCCCAGUGCAGAGAAACUGCCCAGCAGAGAAACCUGCAGCCCAGGAGGGGAUCGAGUCUGUGAGAGACACCAGGAGGCCCUGAAACUCUUCUUAGAUGUGGAUCAAACCCCGAUCCGUGUGGUGUGUGAUAGAUCCAAGGCUCUGAGCCAGAUCUCACAUGGUGGUUCCCAUAGAGGAGGCUGCCCAGGAGGACAAGCAAUCAGCAAUAUGGGAGCAGAGUUGGAGGCCAGUGCUACAUACGGAGGCCUGGACCCAGCUUGUGUUCCUAAGAUGAACUGGCUCUCCUCUGUGACCUGCUGUUCUCCCCCAGUUCCUGCACCAUCCAUGGCCUGGCCUGAACAAUUCCAGACCCGACUGCAGGCUCUGAAGGAAGAGAGAGAAAAGCUCCUGGGAUGGAAACUGACUGGAGAGAGGAGAAGCCCAGAGUACCUGUGUAGAGAGCUCACCUGCCCAGCUGAGCGUGCGGGGUCCACUCUCCAAACGCUCUCCUGCCUGGAGUAGGCAGGAGGUGUUGGAUCUCCUUGGCCUGAGGGGAGAAGAGGGUGUGCAGUCAGAGCUCCAAUCCAGCUGUAGAAAUGCAGAUGUCUAUGAGAAGAUCUCUCAGGGCAUGGUGGAGAAGGGCUAUCAGAGGGACCCAUGGCAGUGUCGCGUGAAAGCCAAGGCGCUGCAGCUCGCGUACCAGAAGGCAAGGGAGACGAACGGUUGCUUUGGUGCAGCACUGCCGACGUGCACCUUUUACAAAGAGCUGCCUGCCAGCCUCUGCGACGACCCCACCCCCAAGAGCCGCCUGGAGUCCUCGGAGGAGUCUGAGUCCCAGGGCACUGCAGGCAACAGUGAGGCGGAGCUGCUGGUCGAGGAAGAGGAGGAGACGAAUGGGAGACAGGUGAGCGGGGGAUCCGUUGUCCCAGGGAGCCAGGAGCUGUGUGUAACCCUGGAACAGUCCAGCCAGUCGCAGCACUGCAGCAUGGCUGACUGUGAUGCUGGGGAGGGUACCUCUGCUGGGAGCGCGACCUGGGGCUCUCCCUCCACACCAGCAGAGAGGCUCUUCCAGAUAAGACGAAGGCCAAAGAGAACACGUGAGGACACGCCGAAUGAGAGAAUGAACGCCCCUGGGAGGGCAGACACCGAGCCGAGGACUGCUGUCUCGGAAAAAACGGACGUUCUGCACAGGGUGCAAGCCAAGAAGACUGAGCGUGGCAUGCAGCAGGAGGUGCUGGGGAUUCUCCAGGAACAAACAGACAUUUUGAGGCGCCUUCUUGACCUUCAGGAGAGAUGCUUUAAGUCUCGACUCCCACUUCAGCCCCUCAAGAACAACACUCUAACUUCACCCUACUUCCCGCCCCCCCAUGCACACAUUCCACUUGGCGUAGCGGCCCAAUGCAGAAUCCCUUCCUCUCAAUCCCCAGGGAGGGUGCACGAAAUCCCAGCUGCCCAUUCACUGAUGUGUGACAGGCCGGGUCCAUGCACUUUUAAACAGAAGGUGAAUGUGCAUUCCCCCUCCCAGUUGUAUAUUUCCCUGGGGUUUCCAAGGUUUACCUCCAUGGCAUGUAUUUCUGUUUCUGUGUGCAAUAAAAGUCCAUUUCUCGAAAACGAAACCAUCUUUAUGACUUCAAAGUGAAGGGGGAGGGAAACUGAGGCACUCAAGGGGGGUGAACAAGGUCACACAGAGCCGGGCCUGUAGAUAAAACCCAGGAGUCCUGGCUCCUUUCCCUUUCUUGCUCUAAGCAUUAGCCCAUACUCCUCAUGCUCACGGCAGCCAGUGGAGUAGCCCCUGUAAGGUAUGUAUUCUAGGGUCUCAGCCCAUUCUCCGGGCAUUGUUCCCCCCCUCACUGGCAGUGCC